AUUUGACCCCCGGAUGGUGAAGAAAACCGGCUCGACGUCUUGACUUCGGUCUGUGGCGUAUAGUUGAAAUUGACCGGGCAGAGCAACGCGGGUUCACCCCCGUACGGCGCUUUCAAGAAUUGGCGACUCGUACCGACGUCGACCGAUCCCGUUGAGUGCUCGACAUCCCAUCACAACAAGAUGCGAUGCUGCGGACUCCCUGGUGCGCAUGGUAGGUCGCUAUGUCAUGUUUAUCGGCAGGUGCCUUGAUGAUGCGCCCAGUCACUUCUCUUCUCGUACUUUGCAGACGGUCUGGAGAAACCAUCUCGCUCCACGACAGGACGGUUGCUCAGCUCCAGGCUGCUCUGUCCGGAUGUGGUGAGACUUGAGCACUGAGAGGGACCUGGAAUGCCUGUCAGAGUUUGUUAGGAGGGGAGCGGGCCGUUGGUCCUUCAGCCACAGGUGGCGCGGCAGCCUGUCGCUUCGAAUCUUGGCGUCAUCAUAGUCUUACGAAGCGACACUACGUAGCCGCUUGAGCCGCUCCUUCCUGCCACUGGUGGUGGAACUGGAGGAUGGUGUUCCCAGCCAGGCCAGGUACAUACAUACAUGCCGCGGGGCCUCGGGACCGCUUGAAACCAGGCACCUCCUUCCUUGCGGACGGCAACUCCCCAACGCCAAUCAUCACCGUCCUCAACGGUAGAAUCCGGUGUGCACUUUUUCAAGCCUGUUGCGCCGCGUACGUCCCCUUCCGAGAACCCAGUCGGUCGCUGCCUCGUGUCGUACUGCCAGGCUUCAGCCAUGGCCGAGCGAAAGCAUGUGUGAGUUACGCCAGCCGUAUCCCGUUCUGCAUGUCCCGUUCCGGUCGCCAUCGAAUCAGAUGAGACAGCCGCAUUGCAUUGCAGCGGCCGUCGAUAACGCCACGCACCCAUCCCCUCCUUGCGGCAUCCGUCGAUUGACUUUGCCCGUGGCCGUGACGUUCUGUUUCAGUGUCCACCCUGUUGAAUCAAUCCCACAAUGCAUCUGAGACGUUUCCCUCAUCAUCACCCUCGUCUUGGCCCCCCCUCGAGUCGGCACCCGACCCGCUCUCUCUAUCGUCGCCUCGACUCUCCUGCCUUGGUCUCGUGCCGACUCCGCGUACAAUUGGCGCCGUUCAACGCCGCUGACAAUGAGCCGACCGGUUGACCGUUUUACCAGGAAAAAGGUCGCUAUUGUCGGCAGCGGGUGCACUGGUAUCGCAGCGCUUUGGGCUCUUAAUAGGACGUACCAUGAUGUCUACCUCUACGAAGCCGCCGAUCGCCUGGGCGGCCAUACCAACACAGUCCAGUGGAAGUCGGGCAAGUACACGACCGCUGUCGACACGGGCUUCAUAGUCUUGAACACGGCGACAUAUCCCAACUUCCUCAACUUCCUCGAUAAGAUCCAUGUACCCACAGACAAGACAGAGAUGACAUUCGGUGUCUCCCGAGACCAGGGCCUUUUCGAGUGGGCGGGCACCAGUCUGGGAGCCGUCUUCUGCCAAAGGCGAAACCUCUUCUCACCGCGCAUGUGGAGGAUGGUGUUCGACAUUGUGCGAUUCAACCAAUUCGCCCUGGACCUGCUUAUGCACGAUGAGGAGGAUCAUGCCCGGCCCACCGACACCAUGCUCAACUCUAUCACUCCGGCCGAGACCAUUGGAGAGUAUUUGGAUCGUGAGGGCUAUUCUGAUGCCUUCCGGGAUGAUUACCUGAUACCGAUGACGGCUGCCGUCUGGAGCACGAGUCCAGACAAGUGUUCUCUACAGUUUCCGGCCGUGACAUUGGUUAGGUUUCUAUGGAACCAUCACCUUCUCUCCACCGUUGCCGCCCGCCCCGACUGGCUCACUCUCAGAAACGGUUCUCAGUCUUACAUCGAUGCUGUGAUGAAAGGGUUCCCACCUAACCACUUAUUUCUCAACACCCCAGUGCGACACGUCUCCAACGAUGAAAGCGGUCACGUGUUACUUCAUCUCGAGAGCGGCAAGACGGAAGUAUUCGACCAUGUUAUUCUGGCUACCCAUGGCGACCAGGCUUUGUCCAUAAUCGCACCGACAGCCACAGAACAGGAGCGGUCAAUCUUAUCCUGUUUCCAAACGUCACAGAACGAGGUCGUUCUGCAUUCCGAUCUGACGCUUAUGCCACAGAGACGCAAGGCCUGGUCCAGCUGGAACUAUUUGACACUCUCAUCGCCGUCACGCGCAAACAUUGACCAGGUCUCCCUCACUUACAAUAUGAACAUCUUGCAACACAUUCCGCGCGAGCCGUUCGGCGAUGUUUUGGUGACAUUGAACCCGUUGCAUCGACCACGUCCGGCUCAAACUCAAGGUCGCUAUUUCUACUCUCACCCUCUAUACACUCCCACAGCAGUCCGUGCUCAGAAACUUUUGCGCAAUAUCCAGAAUAAAAGGGGCAUCAGUUACGCGGGUGCGUGGACCAAAUAUGGCUUCCACGAGGAUGGAUUUAGUAGUGGCCUAUUGGUUGCACAGGAGCACCUCGGGGCCAAAUUGCCGUUUGAGUUCAAAGAUUCUACAUACAGUCGGGGCAAGAAACCGAAGCUGGGACUCGGGGAUCUCCUUCUUAGGCUUCUGAUCCUGCUUGUUCAAGUUUUCGUUGUCCAGAUCAUGGAGAGGCUAUCGGGAUCGCGCAGGUCAAGAGCCACUCCUAUUCUCAACGGGGUCAAGCCGAAGCGGGUGCAGGGAAAGCAAGCGUGAAGGAAUAGAGGCUAUUUCUUGGAAUAUGCAUCAGCUUUAAUUGAAGUUUGCACAUCAUAGCACUGCAUUUAGUACUACAAAGCAUGAAGUUCCGUC